CUCAUCGCCGGUCAAAUACUUGUCUCUCUCUUUCUCUUACACUCUUGUCUUGUCUCCUUGAAGCUGAGAUGGAAGCAGGUGGCGCGUACAAUCCACGCACUGUUGAAGAGGUGUUUAGGGAUUUUAAGGGUCGUAGAGCUGGCAUGAUUAAGGCUUUAACCACUGAUGUUCAGGAGUUUUUCCGGCUUUGUGAUCCCGAAAAGGAGAACCUGUGCCUUUAUGGGCAUCCCAAUGAGCACUGGGAGGUGAAUUUGCCAGCUGAAGAGGUUCCCCCGGAGCUCCCAGAGCCUGUUUUGGGUAUCAACUUUGCCCGAGACGGGAUGGCGGAAAAGGAUUGGUUGUCCCUUGUUGCUGUCCACAGUGAUGCCUGGCUUCUUGCUGUUGCUUUCUUUUUUGGAGCCAGGUUUGGAUUUGACAAAGCUGAUAGGAAGAGGCUUUUCAAUAUGGUGAAUGACCUCCCAACAAUUUUUGAGGUCGUGGCUGGCACUGCUAAGAAACAAGGAAAGGAUAAGUCCUCUGUUUCAAACAACAGCAGCAACAGAUCCAAAUCAAGCUCCAAGCGAGGAUCUGAAUCCCGUGCCAGGUUCUCAAAGCCAGUGCCCAAAGAUGAAGAUGAAGAGGAAGAAGAGGAAGGUGUGGAAGAGGAUGAUGAUGAUGAGCAAGGUGAAACACAGUGUGGGGCAUGUGGUGAGAGCUAUGCAGCUGAUGAGUUCUGGAUCUGCUGUGACCUCUGUGAGAUGUGGUUUCAUGGAAAGUGUGUGAAGAUAACACCAGCAAGGGCUGAGCACAUCAAGCAAUACAAGUGCCCAUCUUGCAGCAACAAGAGGGCUCGUUCCUAAACUUGUGGCCGCUUCUGUGUAUCUACCUUUGCAUAUGAUGAACAGCUUAACUGUUUGGUUAGAUCAGAUUUGUCAUAUGGAUUUGGUAAUUUUAGGCUCUUUUCGCCAUUUUUAGGAAGACAUUUUAGUUUUUCAUUGUUACAUUUUGGCGAUUGAGGAAUAACUCUUUGUUUAGGGUAUGAUCUUUGGUCUGUUUUAUGUUUGUUUAUUAACAUUCUUAAACUCAAUCAAAGUAUUUUGGUUAG